AUGCACUCAAAUAGUAUUGAGCAUUUGACUAAUAAUGACAGAUACUACAAUGCCACUGCAGAGGUUGAUGUUGAGUUCGCUUAUCAAUAUCUCACCCCAUCCGACGAAGUGUGCCCGGAGCUCAGGAACUUUACAACCACCUUCAAGUACGACGCUAUCCUCAGUGUUCUUGAAAGUGGUACCUGGAACUCUGGAAACAAUUCGGUCAUCUUCUGGCUGACACUCUUGCCACAAACUUCGUCGCCAUUCAAUGUGUCUUCAUUGCCGCAGGACUUUAUGUACAAGGAGAACAAUCUUUCAUUCCCUAUCUUUUCGGACGACCCAGCUCCUGGUGGCUACUGGCGUCCCCAUCAAAAAUCUUUCGCUCCUAAAUUCAACUUCACGACCACUCAGGCUUCAAGCGGAGCUUACAGUCUCAACGGAACCGUCUUGAACAAUGGAGAUAGCGGAAGUGCAUCGGCCUGGAAGAAUAUCACCAUGCCAACGUGCAAUUCCACUGAAUGGACCAAUGAUUAUAGAUUCUCUAUGACCACCUUCGAGUCGUACUUUGCAGAGGAUUGGGACGACUACAAGCUACCCGAGGUUAGCAUGCAGUUUGACGACAAGACAGCCAACCUAACAGUGGAUGGUAUCUUCUAUGCCAAGCCAUACCGGCAAUCCAACAUGACUGGCCAGCCGGUGGGUGGCAGCCCCGAGGUUGUCGGCUAUGUUUCAGUCCGUUUCGCUGGAGUUGUGGACGAGUACCAUUCUGAUGCUCUGAGUCUUAAUGAGAGCACGCCCUCGUGGGAGCGCACUGUUGGGUUCGAGAGUAACCCGUCCAACAUUGGAUAUGGGGACAGUGAUAGCAGUGCGGGCAAGAUGGUUUCCGGUUCCAUUUUGACGCCUAUGGUUGUUGCUGCAUUUGUCGCUAUGGCACUUUUCUAA